GCACGCUGACCCGCAUGGUGUACCCAUUGCAAGGGAGCUAGCGCGUUAGCAGCGUGUCAUGCAUGGGGCUAACUAGUUAAUUUGCCGGCUUACUAGGAACAUAACCACGGAAUACCAAGUUCCCAGCGAAUUUUCAGCUACGAAGAGAGACAAAAAAAUUUCUGGCGAAGUCAGUUUUAAAGUACCCAUUCAGAAUGUCACAGCUACAAGCGAGGUUCUUCACGGAAAACAAAAAACAUGCAGUAGAUGAUGUGCCCUUUUCCAUUCCGGCUGCCUCUGAGGUACUGGAUCUCAGCAAUGUCAUCAACAAGCUGCUGGAAGCAAAAAAUGGGGUUCAGAGUCAUGUGGAGUUUGACUUUCUGGUCAGAGGACAGUUUCUACGCGCCCCUCUGGUCGACCACAUGGAAGCUGAGGGCAUCUCAACAGAAGAGGUGGUGGAGAUCGAGUAUGUGGAGAAGUUCACCGCCCCAGAGCCUGAGGAGUGUGUGAUGCACGAUGACUGGAUCAGCUCAGUGGAUGCGGACUCAGAGUGGAUCCUGACCGGCUCCUACGAUAAGACGGCACGAAUCUGGUCCCUCCAGGGGAAGGCGAUGAUGACCGUGGCAGGGCACACAGACGUGGUCAAGGACGUGGCCUGGGUGAAAAGAGAUGGGCUCACCUCUCUGCUGCUCACCGCCUCCGUGGACCAGACCGCACUGCUGUGGGAGUGGGACUCCGAGCGGAACAAGGUCAAGGCGCGGCACUGUUGCCGUGGCCACGCCGGGAGUGUGGACACCAUAGCGGUGGAUCCCACCCAGACCAAGUUCUGCAGUGGCUCCUGGGAUAAAACGCUUAAGAUUUGGUCUGCAGUCCCCACAGAUGAAGAGGAUGAGAUUGAGGAUCUGCCAGACAGACCACGGAAGAAACAGAAGACCGAACAGAUGGGUCUGACCCGGACACCCUUCAUGACCCUGUCCGGACACAACGAGGCGGUGUCGUCCGUGCUGUGGACUGAUAACGAGGAGGUCUGCAGUGCAUCAUGGGAUCACACGAUGCGGCUGUGGGAUGCGGAAACGGGGGGCCUGAAGUCCACACUGACGGGCAGCAAGGUGUUCAACUGUAUUUCAUACUCACGGCUGUGUCGGCGUCUGGCUUCUGGCAGCACGGAUCGGCAUAUUAGACUCUGGGACCCGCGAUCCAAAGAUGGCUCUCUGGUGCUGCUGUCUCUGACGUCCCACACGGGGUGGGUGACGGCAGUACAGUGGUCCCCUACGCAUGAGCAGCAGCUGGUGUCUGGCUCCUUGGACUGCGUGGUCAAGCUGUGGGAUACGAGGAGCUGCAAGGCACCCCUGUAUGACCUGGCGGCUCAUGAGGACAAAGUGCUGUGUGUCAACUGGACAGAUAGUGGGCUGCUGCUGAGUGGAGGGGCAGACAACAAACUGUACACCUACAGAUACUCCGGCCGUUCGUCCAGCACCGGACCGAAGGAUGCUGUGUGAAUGCCAAACUGCAGGGCAGUGCAACCAAAGCAACACAAUGCCACAACGUUACACCUGCACCAAGGACCUUUGGGAUACUUUGACAAACUGCAAAGAUAAUUGUGGAUCUUUUUGUUCGUCUUUUUAUUUCACUUUAUAGAUUUGAAAAGUAGUUUUUUUACACUCGCCCUUUUCCUGAAAAAUAUCUCUUGGAGAUGUUGUCUCACCGCUGAUGUUGGAAGAUCUUUCAUUGUUAAACUGUGAAAGAUUUGUUUUGGUAAGAGGAUCUGGAAUUGUUAGACAUGUCUCCCUACAUUGUAUCAGGGAUAACAAUUGCUGUGUUACUUUUGCAGAACAAUUUGUAUUUCAAGCACUGGUUUUGUGAUUUAUUGUUCACAACAGAGGACAAUCUCAUGGUUUGUACAAAAACAUGUUCAUAAAAUCAGAUGUGUAUCUAUAUUAUGUAUAUGUGAAUAUAAUUGAGGAAUUAAGCUAUUGCAUCCCUCAGGAGGCUCAAACCUGGCUGCCUAUGGAUUUAAUGACGGAAAUUUAAAAGACCACGGUUGUCAUGGAUUCAUGUCUAUUAAUAGUGGAUUCAUUUGAAAUGGAUCAGUGUCAGUCACUCUCUGCCUUUGUUCUUUCAGUUACACAAACUCCUGCCCUCUUAUCAGGAACUUAUUUGAUAAACUGGUGUAGGGAACAGUUGAGUCCUUCUUUAAAUGUGGUGCAGCAUAGGGGCAUAAUGUGCUUGACUCACUUUCCAUCAGUAUUGACAUAUUAUAAAGAUUGUCUAAUGUGUAAUAU